AUGGCAACCCCGCUGACUCUACUGGCAGCGGCUCUGCCGCUGCUCUCCUACCUGGACGCAAAGCACCAAUUGGCAUACGAUUACGGGGUGAUCUCCUCAUUUUUAUACUCCCGCUAUCGGUCUCUGCUCAUGGAGCGCCGCGGGAAAUUAAGUCCCUUCUACUGUAUCGAGAAGCAUGCCCUCUCGCCGGCCGAUUGUGAACGCCCGUUCCUGAUCUACCAGGGCCGCGAAUACUCGUACAAGGAAGCUUACGAAUUGGUGCUCAAGUAUGCUGCCUGGCUGCGUGAACGGUACAACGUCCAGAAGAAUGAGAUCAUUGCGAUCGAUUUUAUGAACAAGCCAGUCAUGAUCUGGAUUUGGCUGGGAUUGUGGGCCUUGGGUGCGAAGCCUGCAUUGCUAAAUUACAAUCUUGAGGGGGAUAGCCUCGUGCAUUGCGUCAAGAUAUCGACAGCUAGGCUCCUCUUUAUUGACGUGGAAGUUAAAGUUCUCGAGGGGGCUGGGAGGGAGGAGACGAGGAGGAAGUUGGAGACUGAUGGGGCGAACCGUGAGGUUGUAGUGUUUGAUGAGGCUACCGAGAGGGUCGUGGAGACUUGGAAAGGCUUUCGUCCGGGGGACGGGGAGAGGGAUGGGGCCAAGCUCCCCGAUAUGGCCAUGCUGGUAUAUACCAGGUGAACAUCCACUUCUUCAUUCCCGUACCGCCAGAAUCGGAAUGCUAAUCAAGAAUAUAGCGGGACAACCGGUUUGCCAAAAGCCGCUGUCAUAUCUUUCCUGAAAACCCACUACAGCGCUGGCUACGUUAGUGCAUGGCUUGGAUUAAAGAAAUCUGAUAAGUUUUACACCUGCAUGCCCUUGUAUCAUUCUUCCGCUGCACUUCUUGGCCUCGUCGGUGCCAUGGCAGUCGGUUCCACGCUUGUCUUAGGGCAUAAGUUUUCCACGAAAACCUUCUGGCCAGAAGUUCGCAGUAGCGGAGCUACUAUGAUCCACUAUGUUGGCGAGACAUGUCGUUACCUACUUGCGGCCCCACCUUCCCCAGAUGACAAAGAUCACAAUGUGAAAAUUGCUUUCGGUAAUGGCCUAAGGCCCGACGUAUGGGUUCGCUUCAGAGAACGCUUUGGUAUUCCCACCAUCGCCGAGUUCUAUGCCAGUACCGAGGGCACGUCUGGAUCCUGGAAUAUCCAGAGGGGAGAGUGGGGCAUCGGUGCAGUGGGCCGUAAUGGUUCCCUCGUAUCACUAGUAUUAGGAGGUGGGGUCAAAAUCGCAAAAAUGGACGCGGGAAAUGAAGAGCUUUUACGUGAUAAGAACGGUUUCUGCAUUCAGUGCGGUUAUGACGAGGCUGGUGAGGUUUUGUGGAGGUUGGACCCUAACGAUAUAAACAAAAGCUAUCAGGGUUAUUUCCGGGAUCCCAAAGCUAGUGAGGAAAAAGUCGUUCGGUGGGCCCUCUAUUUCCACCUCCUUCCUUAUAUCACCUUUAGCUAACCAUAGGCAGUGACGUGUUCCGAAAAGGUGACGCCUACUUCCGCACGGGUGACCUCCAAAAGCGCACCAGAGACGGUCUCUGGUACUUUCUAGACCGCAUCGGCGAUACGUACCGCUGGAAGUCUGAAAACGUCAGUUCUUCUGAAGUUUCCGAAGUCUUUGGCCUGCACCCCGCCAUCGCCGAGGCUAACGUUUAUGGCGUGGCCUUACCAAACCACGAUGGCCGCUGCGGGUGUGCUGCUGUCGUCAUAUCGCCUCCUACCAGUGACGACGAGGUUCGUCGAGAAUUGAGUAAGUGGGUCACGAAACUCCCGCGAUUCGCGAGGCCGAUUUUUGUUAGAGUAGUUAAGGCACCCGGAGGACUUGAGAAGACGGGGAAUUAUAAGUUUGUUAAGGGAAGGUUGAGGGAUGACGGGGCGGAUCCGGAGAAGGCAGGGGCCGUGGGGGAUGUUCUUUGGUGGUUGAAGGACGGUGAGUAUGUUCUAUUUGGAAAGAGGGAUUGGGAGGGGAUUGUGAGGGGGAAGGUUAGGCUCUAG